GCUGACCCCUCAUCUCCGUUUCUUCUUCUCCCCCAACCAAAACAUCCCACUCCAAUCGACGAUGGCCAGCAAGGAGGGAACCGCAGGACAGGCCUUUGGCCCUGUUCUAGCUGCGGUCGCUACAAUGCAGGGAAAUGUUUCCAGAACUGAGAAGGCGCAUGCUCAUGAGUUUCUCGAGAAAUUCCAGAAAUCAGUUGAAGCCUGGACAAUUACCCAUGAAUUAUUGCAGUCUCCCGAUGUUCCUGUCGAGGCCAAGUUGUUCGCUGCGACCACGUUGAAGGGAAAGAUCAUGUUCGAUCUAGAUCAACUGCCCGCUGAGUCUGUGCCGGCUCUCAGGGACUCGGUAAUGAAUCUCCUCGUCGCCUUUGCAUCGGGCCCUCGCCCCAUUCAAACACAACUAUGCGUAUGUUUGGCGAGCCUCGCCAUUCAGAUGACUGGGUGGAAAGAUGUCCUCGCUACUGUCGGCUCAGCACUGGGGAGUAAUGCUGGUGAUUGCGUGUUGGAAUUUCUGAGAAUCCUUCCGGAGGAGGUCACAGAAGGUCGCAAAAUCAAUCUGAGUGAAGACGACCUCAUCCUCAGAACGAAAGAACUCUUGGAAGACAAUGCAGAGCAAGUGAUGCAUCUUCUAAUUCAGUAUGCUCAAUCAUCACCCACUGCAUCUACCAAUCCUCGUCUCCUGGACUGCAUCACAUCUUGGAUGCGCGAGAUCCCCGCUUCGAAGAUUGUCGAAUCGCCCCUGUUGGAUGUCAUUCUAAAGGCACUUGACGAUGACGUGUCAUUUGAAGCCGCGGUAGAGAGUGUUUGCACUCUCUACAGAGAUACUCGAGAAGUGGACGAGUCACUGCCGAUUAUACAGACCUUGUAUCCGCGCCUGAUGUCCCUUCGUCCAAAGAUCGCCGAGGCUGCGGAGGCCGAGGAUACGGAUGCGUUCAGAGGCAUUACCAGGCUUUUUGCGGAGGCUGGUGAGGCUUGGGUUGUUCUGAUCGCCCGCUUACCGUCCGAUUUCCGGGGCCUCGUAGAGGCUGUCCUAGAAUGCUGCGCACGAGACUGGGAACGCGACGCCGUUUCACUAACUUUCGUGUUUUGGUAUGAACUGAAGCAGUAUGUCACGCUGGAGCGGUAUGCCGAUGCACGGGUAAGCUACAGUGACGUCUUCUCCAAGCUGGUGGAUGUUAUGGUCAAGCACCUUGAGUACCCCCGCCCAGAAGAGGGUGAGACCGAUCUGUUUGGUGGGGACCGGGAACAGGAAGAGAAAUUCCGUCACUACCGACACUCGAUGGGAGAUGUCCUCAAAGAUUGCUGUGCUGUGAUCGGAGUGACGGAAUGUUUGUCCAAGGCUUAUCAGUUAAUCCAACAGUGGAUUUCCAAUUACGCUUCCCAAGCUAGCGAUGAACAUGUUCCAAAUUGGCAAGAACUUGAAGCGCCGCUCUUCAGCUUGAGAGCUAUGGGCCGUAUGGUUGACCCUGAAGAAAGCCAUGUUCUCCCGCAGGUAAUUCCUCUGAUAACACAAAUACCAAACCAAGAAAAGGUUCGAUUCCAGGCCAUCAUGGCCUUAGCUCGCUAUACGGAAUGGACAGCACAGCACCCGGAAACUCUCGAGGCACAGCUGAACUAUGUUAUUUCUGGAUUUCAGCACAGCUCCCCGGAAGUUGUUCAGGCCGCAGCUCUGGCUUUCAAGUUCCUGGGUACUGACUGUCAAAAACUGCUCGGAGGACACAUUGCUCAACUUCAUUCGUUCUAUGAGUCUGUUAUUGAUAAGUUGAAGCCAGCAAGCCAAGAGGAGGUAACUGAGGGUGUGGCGGCUGUGGUUGCAGUGCAGCCACUUGAGAAGAUCUAUGAGACGAUGAAAAUGUUCUGCGACCCGAUCAUGGCUAGAAUCAUGAACUUGGCGAACAAUGCGAAGGACGAACAGGGCCAACGGGCUGUCGCUGACCAUCUCCAAUUGAUUACGAUCUUCGUGCUAGUGGUGAAUCCAUAUGUUUCGCCCCGCGAGGAAAAUCCCGCUGUCAAAUAUUGUGGCGAGGUCUUGCCCAUCAUGACGACUAUUGUCAUGAACUUUACUUCAUCUACUCCCAUUUUGGAGCGGGUGUGCCGCUGCUGGAGAAACAUGCUUAUUUCCUACCGAACAGCCAUGACUCCAUUAUUGCCUACACUAGCAGAGAGCCUCGCAAAUGGAUUCCAAGCGUCACGAGAAGGAUGCUUCUUGUGGGCCACUGAUGCAGUUGUGCGGGAAUUUUCUGAAGGUGCUGACCUCGUCGAUCCAGGCACGAGUCGUGCCGUCUUCCAAUUUUACGAGCAACAGGCGAUCGCAUUCUUGCGUAUUCUCAAUGACUUGCCCCCCGAGAACCUACCUGACGUGAUUGAGGACUUCUAUCGUCUUUCUUCGGAUGCAGUUCGGUACUACCCCAAAGAGUGUAUUACCUCGUCUCUCUCUGUGCCGAUCUUCUCCGCAGCCCUGAGCGCCCUUACUUUGCAGCAGAUCGACCCUCUUAUUGCCACAUUACAUUAUUACCAUGACCUGUUUAGCUUCGCUUUCGAAAAGCCCGCAGUGUCCGAAUUCACCACCUCUGAUGGGAAUUCGUAUAUGAAUCCUCCGGAAAUUCGUGAGGCAGUCAAGCAGUUGAUUGCGUCUCAGGGACAAGUGCUUUCGCAACGAAUUCUAACAGGAAUGUUGUUCUCGUUCCCCGCAGAAUGUUUCCCAGAUGCGUCCGGUGUGAUGAUGUCACUCUUCGACUUGAUGCCACAGGAGGCCGGGGCUUGGUUUCAAUCCACUCUCCAGAUGCUGCCAGCGGGUACGAUGAAGGCUGGUGAGGCCGAGCGGCUACUGAAGGGGAUAUCCGAUCGGGUACAAUCGGGCGAAAUCCGCAAAAUUCGUACUCUUUUACAAGACUUUACGAAUUCCUAUCGGCGACGAAAUGUGGCACCUCGAGAAGGGCUGGGCCGGUUGGAGGCCACCCGGUUCCGGUUUAGCGGAUAAGUUCAUCAUCGGCCAGGACUCAACAAGUCAAAAACAGCUCAGCUGAGGAGGUCGGGACUGGGCGAUGCUCAUCGCCCGCCCAUGACUGGCCCCUGUGGCGGAUUGGGGGAAAACGCCAAUCAUGCAAUUUAGUGCACUCCAUGGGAUCAGCAAGCAAUACAGUACACGAAACGUUGAGAAGCAGCCCCCCGACUAAGAAAAAUACAAACCAUAGAUUACCCCAGUACCUGUAUAUGACUACGUUUAGUUCAUGCGGUCCCUUCGCAUGACGCUUGAUGGAUAAUUCCGCAGUCACUGGGUCGGGGACAGCGAUACAGUCGCAAUAGCCCAUUGUAAUACAUCAGUAUAAUAGUGAAAAUUUAUGAUUGGAAGAUGUAGACA